AAAAAAUUCCUUCGAGCGGAAAGCAUAGAAAACAAAAAAAAACUGCGAAGAAAAAAAUGGAUUGGCAAGCGGACGAGUUGCUUUCGCUGGCGGAUCGCUCUCUGGCCAGUUCGCAGAUCGAGUUUGGCAUGAACAUCAAGAUCUGCGACAUGAUCCUGGCCAAUCCGGAUCUGUCUAUCCAGCUGCUACCGCGGCUAGCGGGUGCCCUGAGCACGUCUGCGACGUCUUCGAGUGCUGCUUCUUCGUCGGGAGUAGGUGGGCCAGCAUCAAGCUCGUCUUCAGUGGUGUUCCCCAGCAGAACAUCCAGGCCGUCGCCGGAGUAUUGCGUAUUGAUUUGAGUUGUGUGAUUUGUUUCGUUUUAUUGAGUGUAGUGUCGAGCACAUCCAUACAAGUACAACGCACCCCGUAACCCUAUCUUUUUUUUGUUGUCUAAUGUUGCUGCUUCUUGGACCGUAGCCGAUGAAAACUCAGCUUUCUUAUGUAUCCUCGAGGCACAAACCGAAACCGAAUAAAGAAAUCUUACUUUGUGUACCUGAUAACUAACCAGCCCGCUCUUCGCCCCGGCGACGUCUGGUUGGAAGUCGUUGAUGAAUGUGGGGCGGUCAACGCAAGUGCGACGCACCUCUGUCGCGCUGUCGCUGCUCGAGAUGCUGCUUAAGAACUGCGGCAUGGCCUUCGUCCGCUACCUCGAUGCGGGCUUUUGCGACGUCUGGGAGCGGUUGAUUCGCCGCAAGCAAUCCGUCGGCUACCGGGUGGCUCGAAACGCCAACCACCUGUGGUCUUCCGGGAGUGCAGCGGCAGCAAAGCUGUUUGGGGGUAGUACUGCUGCAAGUUCUUCGUCGUAUAAUCCGAAUAAUCCCACCAGCAAUCUUUCUGCUUCGCGAGGAUCGCAGUCGGAGCAAGCGCAGGCGUUGCAGAGCACCAAACUUGGCAAGGUCGGCGUGACCGACGAGACAAGUCAGGCCUGGGACGAAAUUGUCCGGAAGGCCUUGGAGUUGCUGCAGUUGGUCGCGACCACCCUGAUCAUGCACGAGCAUGAGAACCCGCUGCCGUUCGUCUUGUACCGCAAACUACGGUCCUCCACGAGCGUCACUUUUCCAAAACCGCGGACAACCGACGGAAUCGGGGUCCGCGACGCGCUCGUGGAGGAGGAGCGAGCGGUUGCAGGCGGUCCGGCGGAGAACACGUCAUCGCCGUCGAACACAGCAGCGCGCGUCAUCGCAGAGAGCAGUUGGUCAACCUCGCAGCUGCAAAGGCACAAGCAACUGACCCAGACGCCACUCGUUCCGGCCGAGCUCCAGGAACUGGACCACUUCGUGACCGAACUUGAGGAAAGCGUGUCGAUGUCCGGUGCAAAGAACAUCAAAUCCGCGCGGACGAACGAAGUAGGACUGCAAGAUAAGCAGGACAACAACUCCGAGUCGGAAGAUUCAGGAGGAGCAAUGCGGGACGAGGACAAGCAAGCAACCUUUGUCGACCUGGCGGAAGAGAUAUUUGGUGAGAAAAGCAGCAAGGAACUACAGGAACGCAAAAUGCAGUCGGAAGAUUCCGACCUCGCUCACUUCCUGCGUCAGGUGCGGCCGCGACUGUGCGUCAGCAUUCAGGUGCAGGCGGACCAAGAGUCUAGUACUUCCGGUGGCUCGGAGGCGGUGCUGGUGCUGUUGAUGAAUUUGCUAAGCCGCUUGGACGAGAUUUUAGACAAUCGCUUCUUUCCGAGACCGCCGCCGGAGGAGCCCCACCCUUUCUGCGUCGUCUGCGGGUGCGAGCUCGAAAGCGGGCGUGUCUGCACUCGGUGUGGCGGAAAUAGCCCGCAGAGACGUCGUGGUGGUCAAAAUAGUAACUCCAGGAGUGCACAGCAGCGACCCAGCACGCAAGAUUCUGAAAAUGCAGCGAACGCCACUCGUAGUUCUUGCUUGCUGAUUUCUGACGAGCGAAAUCUCGGUGCAGAGGCGCUCGGCUCCUCUCCAAUCGACGGGCCUUCCACGAGAGCGACGCCCGCCUUAUCGUCCUUUCCACAAGGGGGCAGUAGAGGACCACUCCCAGCACCGGGGAACAAGCUGCACAAGGAUUGGCGAUUUGUCGACGGUGGCAAACAAGGCCGGGGCUACUGGUUCAAUCGCAAAACGGCGCGCUCGCAGUGGCAACCACCGGCGUGGGUAAAUCGGCUGAACAAUUUCAGACCGUUGCACGAGCAGCAGCUCCUCCAAGACCAGAGUGACGAGGAGGACGAUGAAGCGGAGAAAUACUACGACUCCAGUGGCCGUGGCGUCGACCGGAAAGAACGAGAGGAUCUUUUGUAACUGUUGGCGCAACAUCAAAAUAGACAGCAGAAAAUGAGGACGACGCAUAGGCAUGACGAUACGCGUCCAAAUUAUGAGCAUAAUCGCGGAGUGCCGCCAUCCACUGAAGGAGCUCGCGAGCAGAUGUUCUUGGACAUGAAAUGGAAAAGCGAGAAUAGCGAAAAAUAACUUGAAG